GAACUCACGGACUGUGAGGUCAUGAUCUGAGCUGAAGUUGGACACUUAACUAAGCUACCCAGAUGCCCCUGUACUCCUUUGUUUUUAACAAACAAGUGGACAGGUGUUCAUUUGAGACAUUGUGAACAUCCCCAACAACUUUUUAGUAUCUAGUGAUUUUUGCUGAAUAUAAUUAUUAUCACCUCAUUAUAAUAUAAAUUUAUGAGGUUGAUCUUAUGAAUAUUCCCCUUUACAGAUGAGGAAAUUUGAGCACAGAGUUUGAGUAAUUGCCCAAUUUAAAUAACUUACUGAGUAGAGCUGGAUAUUGAACCACAUCUGAUUCUAAUGUUCAAAGCAUUAUUUAUAGCAGGGGUUGGCACACUAUGGCCUGUGGACCAAAUCUUCCACCUCUUUUUGUAAUAAAGUUUUAUUAGGACACAACCAUGACCGUUUGUUUACAUAUUAUCUAUAGCUGCUUUCACACUAAAAUGCCAAGGUUGUAUAGUUGUGACAGACCACAUAGCCUGCAAGUCCUAAAAUAUUUAACUCUGUGGCACUUUACAGAAAAAAUUUGCUGAUCUCUGCUUUAUAGAGUAGAGGUCCCCCAGAGUCAACAUGGCCGGGACUGAGGAGGCGAUUCUCGGAGGCUGUGGCAGCCAUCUUUCUGCUGGUGGCGACUCGGUGUUAUGCUUUGGACAGUGUCAGUACACAGCAGAAGAGUAUCAGGCCAUCCAGAAAGCUCUGAGGCAGAGGCUGGGUCCGGAAUAUAUCAGCAGCCGAAUGGCUGGAGGAGGCCAAAGGGUCUGUUACAUUGAGGGCCACAGGGUGAUUAAUCUGGCCAAUGAGAUGUUUGGUUACAAUGGCUGGGCGCACUCCAUCACACAGCAGAAUGUGGAUUUUGUUGACCUUAACAAUGGCAAGUUCUACGUGGGAGUCUGUGCAUUUGUGAGAGUCCAGUUGAAGGACGGCUCCUAUCACGAAGAUGUGGGCUAUGGGGUCAGUGAGGGCCUCAAGUCAAAAGCCUUGUCUCUGGAGAAGGCAAGGAAGGAAGCGGUGACAGAUGGCCUGAAGCGGGCGCUGAGAAGUUUUGGGAAUGCGCUUGGAAAUUGUAUUCUGGACAAAGACUAUCUGAGGUCACUAAAUAAGCUUCCGCGCCAGUUGCCUAUUGAAGUGGAUUUAACUAAAGCAAAGAGACAAGACUUUGAACCAUCUGUGGAACAAGCGAGAUACAGCAGCUGCCGGCAGAAUAGGACCCUGGGGCCCCCAAAACCACAGGAGGUGACCUCCCCUUGCAAACCAAGCCGCUCGGAUGACCCCCACGUUGUGGUCCAGGAAGACAAGCCCGGCAGCUCCCGAAGUCUGGCCCCAGCCACGGAGAGCGAGGCCACGUACCAGCGGAAGCUCCGGCAGAAACAGCUGCAGCAGCAGUUCCGGGAGCAAAUGGAGAAGCAGCAGGGGCAACGCUCUGCCCCAUCAGUGGAGAAGAAUCAGGCGGCACCACCAGCACUUCCUGUGAAGCACAGCACUCCCGUAACUGCUGUUUCUACACCAGUCACGGAGGACUUCCUCACAGACAGCCUUGGAAUGUGGGACGUGGGUCCAGACGCAGGGGACAGUGACGUGAAGCUCUCGUCUAGGCCAGACCCACCCCAGACCUCUGCCACACCAGUCCUGAAGAACCAGGUGGUGACCUGGGACGGGACCCCACAGGACCUCUGCCGCCAGGAUCCACAAGCAAAAUCCGGACCCUGGCGCCUCCCGACCCACGGCAGCCACCAAGACCUCACAGGAAACUGUGAUUUCUAUAAGAACCAAGACUUGAAGAAAAGGAAAUUGGAUCCAUCCUGAGGAUCAGGUCCCACCAUUGGACUUUGUGACAAAACGGACUUACAGAAACUACUUUUUGGUCAGAACAUUAUUCGCCAUUCCUAGGGAAUGAGCUGUAUUUCCAAGGAUUUACCUUGCUUCGUUUUGAACUGUACCUGAGGAUGAGUGUGGGCGCGUACCACAGACAGUGCGGAGCAGUGAGAAAGUAAAGCAGCACUUUAAGAAAGCUGGUCACACGCUGCAGCGGGGAGGCUCGAAGAUUAAACACCUUCUCUUUGGCUCUUGAGGCUCGUCACUGUUUAUUCUUGAGCUCCUAUGUUAAAACAAAUGGACGUUUUGGGAGCCCUCAGUGGCUACCUGCCUGCAAGCAAUAUAAGCCACCCUACGGAGCCCGGACUUCACCUUCAUGCCUGUAUGAGGUUCUCGCUCCUGUCUGUCUGCUUUAAGCUUGAGGGCCCCGUGUUUCUGUUGUCCACACCACACCGCGCAUCCUGCUAAGAACAAAGGCUAGUGGGCUUUCGCUACUUUGCAUCCAUCCAGCCUGCCAUCUUCAUCUAUGAUAGUCUCUCGUUUAUAGGUUUAUGAAGUCACUGUCCUGUGGUUUUUUUCCUUAUCAAGGGAAUGAUCUAGGGCCAAAGAAAAGGCAUUUUUAAGGAAGCAAAAUAAAGUCUUUGUAACAAAAAACUUUAA